AUGAAAAUCUUGGCAGAGAUUUUACAUUUAUACGGUUUUAUAAUAAUGCAUUCUUCAGGACAAUCACUUACUUUAUCUUCAAACUUCAUCAAACAAGGGCAUAUUUCCGAUACCACAGAUCUAUGUGUUUUCGCUGUCAACACCCUUGAAAUCAAGUCUCUUAGAGAGUGUGCAUUGUAUUGUGGAAUGAAUUUUCUUUGUAACGCUUUUGAUUUUUGCUUACUUGGAGGUGUCUUCAGUUGUCGGCUCCGCUAUGGAAGAGCAAAACUUUCAAACACCACUACACAAUGUGAACUUUAUGAAAUCACAACUAACAAAGACUGCCCAGACGGAUUCUUCUUAAGAUCUCAAGGAAUAUGCAAGAACAAUAAUCUUGCACUGCACAGUCCCACAACAAUGAGCUCGGUGUUCGCCGAUCCAGUGUAUGCGUUCCAGCGCCUUGGUAACGGUAGCCUUGCAGUGAAUGGAGAAGUACGUCCGGAUGAUACCGAGUGUGCAGUGACAAAUGAAGAUCUCUAUCCUUUUUUAACAAUUGAUCUUCUGGACAGAUUUCAUGUCGGGCGUGUUGUUUUCACAAAUAGAAAAACUUCAGAAUUAAGGUUGCAUGACCUGAAUGUAACAGUUGGGACGGACGGUACAAACUUCGGUUGUUUCUGCGGAUUUUUUAAAGGACCGGGAACAUCGCAUCAGGUAGUGAACAUGACAUGCCAAGAAACGUGUAGAGGGCGCUAUGUUCGUCUUCAGAUUGUUUCCGGUCGUGAGUUUCUUCAGCUCUGUGAGGUAGAGGUCUACAGUAAAUGCAAAUGAAAAACCCGUUUAUAUGAUAUUUGUUGUAAAAAUAGCUUAUCGACUGCUUUAAGAUUUACUAUCUAUGUAUAAUGUACUAUAUUCUUUUGUUUGGAUCAUGAAGCAACGCUCUUACUU